GCUUCAUCUGAGGGUCGGCUCGGCCUCAAUUGAAGCUACAUCUCUAAGGCAUGCGUCUGCUCGCAACGGGCAGGGCCUUUCGUGGCUUUAGCCAUGCCCUGACCCAAUCUCUACAGCCGUCACGCACGCUCAUCACAAGCACCGCUUCCUCUCGGCGGCCUUUGCUGCGGUGCAGCUAUACCCCAACUACCACCAGCAGCUCCUCCACCAGCUUCCCUCCGAUCCGAAAACUGGGCAUUAUUGCCAUUGGCGACAGAAAAUACCCUACAGACGAGUGGACCAAUGUUCCCAAACACAUCACCGAGGCCGUCACGCGCAAGCUGCACCUGCAACCCGAUCAUCCCAUCUGUCUGACGCGGAAAUUGAUCGAAUCUGCCUUCCCGCUGCCGCUUUGGAAAUACCACAACAAGCUCUUUCCCGUGGUGACGACCAAGCAAAACUUUGACUCGCUCAAUUUCCCCGUCGACCAUCCCGGCCGCAGCCGGACAGACACAUACUACAUCAACCGCAACACGGUGCUGCGAACACACACGAGUGCGCAUCAGGCAGACAUCUUCCAUGCCAAUCUCACAGACGGCUUCCUCAUCAGCGCCGACGUCUACCGCCGCGAUGCCAUUGACCGGAGCCAUUACCCCGUCUUCCACCAGAUGGAGGGCGCGCGCAUGUGGGACCGCAAGCGGGCACGACCGGGCGAAGACUUGUCCGAGAUGAUUUGGAAAGACUUUGAAGCUCUGCCGGACCCUGGCAUCAUCGUCGAAGACCCCAACCCGACGUUCGACCCCGUGCGCAACCCGCUGCAGGCCAAACAUCACAGCCCGGCCGAAUGCGAGGCCAUUGCCGCGCAUUUGAAGCGGUCAAUUGAAAUUGUCGUUGCAACGAUUUUCCGCGCCGCCAAAGAAGCUGCAGCAAACAACGCGUCUUCCUCCUCCUCAUCGUCCUCAUCCGAUCCCUCUGAUGACAACCCCUCCAUUACCGACGAACCGCUCAAAGUCCGCUGGAUCGAAGCCUAUUUCCCUUUCACCUCGCCAUCAUGGGAGCUCGAAGUUUUCUGGCAAGGCGACUGGCUCGAGCUUCUCGGCUGCGGUGUCGUGAACCAAAACAUUCCUUCCAACGCCGGCGUGCCCUCUCAAAUCGGAUGGGCGUUCGGCAUUGGUCUCGAGCGCAUCGCCAUGCUGUUGUACUCUAUCCCCGACAUUCGGCUAUUCUGGUCUCAGGACCCGCGGUUCUUGUCCCAGUUCUCCGCAAAGAAGCCAAUCGCUCCUUUUAUUCCGUUUUCAAAGUACCCAGCCUGCUACAAGGACGUGUCCUUUUGGCUGCCGCCAGCCACCGAGGUGGCCGAGGGAGCGGAAGCGGGAGCGGGAGCGGGAGAGGGAGAUGAUGCAGCCGCAACCAAAGACGUUGACGCCGCAGGCAGCAGCGCCGGCGGCAUGCCGAACCCGCACACAUCCUCUACUCAAGCCCCCACCGCCUUUCACGAAAACGACGUCAUGGAAAUCGUGCGCGACGUGGCCCAGGACCUCAUUGAAGAUGUCAAGCUCAUGGAUGAAUUCACGCACCCCAAGACCAACAGAAAGAGCAUGAUGUACAGGCUGAAUUACCGCAGUCUGGAACGCACUCUGACAAACCAGGAGGCGAAUGAGCUACAUAGCAAGGUGCAGGAUAAACUGGUUGAGAUUCUGGGCGUAGAGUUGCGAUAGAUUUUCGCAUUCAUUUGUAAAUUAGAUCGGAUUUUACUUUUUGAUGCUGUUAUCUCUUGGUCCCGAUGCGCGGCAUAUCUUGCUCUUGUCGCAUAUGUAGCCACGUCUGUUGUUACAUAUAGUCGGAUCUGUACGGUGUU